CAAACGGGUAACGGUUAGAAUUCAAAAUUUAGGAGCGGCGAAUUAGGUGUGUGGAUCUUUUUGCCGCUCCAUGUCACCUGCACGCAGAUAGAAUCAGCGGGCUUCAAUGGAGAAGAGACUUCGUUCAUCGCUCCAUACCUCAGCAGUAGAGUUUCUCUCGUCAGCUUCCAAACUAGGGUUUACUAACGCAUCGAAACUCCAUCUCAAAACCCUAAUUCACGGACUCAAAGCUUCUUCCGAAGUCGCCGGUUCUCUCCCGUCGGCCCUCCGCGACUCCAUUUCUCAAGCAAUUGAGAAGUUUAAGAACCUCAAUGACCUAAAUCCCGACGCUUCCGGAGAAAAUCCCCCCAACACGCCUCCCGCCAAGCGGGUUCGCAGAUCUGGUCGAAACCUGAAAAACGAUGCCGACGAAUCAAGUACAAAAAAAGAAAGCAAUGGAAAAAUUGAAGACAGAAGGAAGUCUGUUGUGGAAAGUCUGCAGCUUUUUGCUUACAUUUUGCUCCAAAGCAUUUCACAUCCCAAAGGUAUAUUCGGUGCGUCUGAUUUAUUGCCGGCUGCCCGUGAAUUGCACGAUAAUUUGGUGUUAUUUGAGUCGGAUUCCGGACUCUUAUCUGAAAUUGCUUGUGUUUGCGAAGAGUGGUGGAAGAGUGAUUUGAUUGGGAAAGAAUCAUUAAUCACUCGAUCACUGCCGCUUUUGCUGUCUAGGGCUUUGACAUCAACGAAGAAAGUCCAUGUGCACAGAUUGUACGCUAUGCGUGAAGCGUUCAAUCUUUUUGAUUUUGAUGAUGAGAGUAUUGUGGAUUUGAAGCAUCUGAUGAUGAGGUGUGUGAUUUCACCUCUGUUUCUAAAGAUGGAGGAUGGGAGGAAGUUCAUAGCGUUUAUGUUUGGAUUGAGUGGGCAGUUAGUGAAGGAGGCAUUGGAAAUGAUUAGGUCACAGGUUCCCUUUGGACGUAAAUCUGCUUUGGAAGCUUUUGGUGAAAUAACUUUCAGGGCAUGGAAGGCGGCAGAAGGGGAAGCAAGGGUUGAAAUAGAGGAUAGGUUUUUGCAAAUGAUGAUUGAUAGUGCUAUACAUGCAAGCUCAGCUGCUUUUUCUGCAUCAAUUAGGAGGAUUUUGGGGGGUUUCAUUUCCCAGAGAACUACAGAUGGGGUUGAGGGAGUCCUCUUUCGCCUUGCUGAGCCAAUCAUUUUUCGAUCUCUGCAGGUUGCAAACUCGAAUGUCCGUCAAAAUGCAUUGCACUUACUUCUGGAUUUGUUUCCUCUUGAAGACCCUGAUGCUACAAUGGAGGGAAAGGACUCCCUUCUUGAGAAACAGUUCUUUCUUAUGGAUAUAUUAGUCAUGGAUGAAUGUCCAGAUGUGCGAGUUGUAGCGGUUGAAGGUUGCUGCCGGAUUCUUCAUAUGUUCUGGGAAGUUAUCCCUUCUCUCACAAUAACCAAAACACUCACCAAGGUUUUCGACCAAAUGGUGCAUGAUGCAUGCACUGAUGUCAGGAAUUCUGCAGUUGGCGGCAUCAUAUAUUUAUUGGGAAAGCCACAUUCUCAUGAGGUCCUUAAAGUGCUUUUACCAAGACUGGGUCAUUUGAUCUUGGACAGUGCACUUUCAGUUCGUUCUGCCAUUGUGGAUCUCCUUCUCUGCUUGAGUGACAUCAGAAACUUCUACUUCCACAAGGUAGUCUGUACAGAUGCACUGCUCUCCGCAUUGGCAAGCGAUCAAUCACUCGUUGCACAGAAAAUCACUAAACUUCUUCUUCCUUCAUAUUUUCCACCAAAUGUAACACCCGAAGAAGCAUGUAAGCGUUGUGUCACACUUAUAAAGAGGUCUCCAUCUGCGGGAUCAAGGUUCUGUGAAUUUGUUGUGUCGGCAGGAGCCACCCUCCCUUCUUUAAUGGAAUUAUUGAAAGGUUUGAUACGUUUGGUUGUUUCACCUAAAAACCUGGAAAAAGAUCAGAUUAAUGGUAUAGUUGUUGGCAUCUCGCAUCUUUAUAACCAUCUCGUUAAAGAAGCAUCUUUCAAGAAUAUUCUUAAGAAAGAGUUAUCAGGAAGAACACUAAAGAUCAUGUUUGCUGCAGCAACUACAACCCAUGCUAAAUCUUCUAUUUGCAGUAUUAUUUCAACAAUUCCUCCAGAAGCUGUUGAUGGCCUUUACGAGGAAUGCUUGGCCUUGAUAACAAAUUGCAUUGGAUUGUCUGAAAUUGCCCACUAUAUCAACGACUCGCCUGGACUAGAGGCUUCUUCCACAAGACAGAGGAAAACUAAAUCCUCCACCAGAACUACAUUAAAAUGCAAGCAUCCAAACUUGAAAAAGGCAUUAAACAAGGACAAAUUUAGCUUCACUGAGGCAUAUGAGAUUGCUGAGGGAAUAGCCUGGCAAGUAAAUGAUUUACUGUUGGAUGAAGGCACGAGAAAAGCCCUGUUAGGAUCCAGAAUAUUAGAAACCGCGCUUCUUGGUUUGAAGGCUAUCUCAGAAUUUAGCAUUCAGCAGCCUGAGCGGUGUGGUCAUAUGAAUGUCUAUCCACUUACAGCUUACACAGCUCUUAUUCUGCACUUGUCUGCACAAAAUAUCGGCAUCAAUGCAAACAAACAUUCUCUAAAAAUGAAUGGCAUUGAAUCAUCCUCAAACACAGAGAGAACUCAAUUGGACCUGACAAUGGACCAUCUUCUAGACUGCACAAACAAAUUAUUCAAAGAAAAGAGGCAGGUGAUGUUCUUUUUAGGUAAUGUGAAGAUUCUAACAGCAGUACUAAAGUUCAUAGUUGAUGGCACCACUAUGAAACUUCACCAUAGUCUUCCAGAAGCAUGUCUGAAGUUCACUCUCGAAUAUGUACAAUUUAUCAACUUCUAUUUAAGAAAAUAUUCCACUGACGAGCUUCAGUUAACAGAAGAAGGCCUGAAGGAGACAUUACUCUGUCUCAAAAGUUCCUUCACAUAUGCAGCCAAGUUACUCAAUCUGGUACUUAAGGAUUUCUUUGAUGCUUCAACACCACAACCGGUCGCUUACCAUCUUGCUAAUGAAUUGCUUAGCCUCACAGUUUCCAUUGAAAAACAUGUGGGCCAUAGCCUCGCAACCCGUCUAUUGUCUGCUGCUCGCCCUUGGGUGCCUGAUUUAAUUCUGGCCUUUGGAUCCUUUCACUUAAUGAAUCAGACUGCAGAAGAUAGUGCAAGUGUUUUUCCUUCCUGGCUCUCCAUUUUAGCCAAGAUAGAACUCUUUGAGCUACAAGAAAGUAGUUCAGAAGAACAAACUGAAACAUUUUGUAAAAAACUGGGCUUCAAAAGUUUAGUGGGUGCGAUGGUUCAGAGGUUAAGCGCCAACAACGAUGUAUUGGAUGCGUUUGGAACAACUAUCUUAAAUAUUUUGCUAGUUCACUUGGAAAGUCGGGGCUUUGGUGUGCUGUUAGGGUUGCUGCACUUUGUUCGUGUGAAGUUGGUAAAAAAUGAUGAGCAAAAGUGGAAUGAUCUUAAGAUGAUGUCAGUAACUAUCCAGCAAAUCUACUGUCAGCUGGAGUUACUGGCUGAAAAUUCAAGCUACGGCGAGAGUGAGUUCCAAGAGUUGCAGAGUGCAAAAGCAUUGAUUGAACCUGUUCUGUACCAUUCACAAGAUUCUCAAAGAAGCCCAUUUGAAGAAUGAUGUGUUUUUAUUGCACGUAAGUUUAAAGCAAAACCUCCUUGCCAAGUUGAUUGUUUUGCAUGUUUUUACACUGUACAAUGUUUCUAGACAACUACGUAGUAUUUAUGAUGUAUUUAUGAUGUUUAUUGAUUUUAAGUUAACUCUAUUCGAAUCAGUUGAAAUAAAUGUAUUGCAACUUU